AUGCCCAAUCAGCUGAGAUACCCAGCUGGCCAGCACAACAAAGUUCAUCGGUUAGCCGAAAAGCGCGCUUCAUAUGAUCUCAAAACAGUUCACAGCAUCAUGAAUCGUUCAUUCGUCUUCCACGUCUCUUUCCAGCCUGACGCUGAAGAUCCAUUUCCAACCACCAUCCCCAUGCUCGGCGCCAUGGGAAACUUUGCCUAUCCCAGCGCCGGCUUGGACGAGCCCCAGGACUGCUAUAUCCAUGGGUACAUCUCAGCCCGCAUGGCCAACCUGUCGAGGAAGGCAAUUGACGAUGGACUUCCAGGUUUGCCCGUAUGCGUAUCUGUCGCAAAAGUGGACGGUCUCGUCCUGGCCUUGAGCGCAUUCACCCACUCGUGCAACUACCGCUCGGCAGUCUUGUUUGGGCACGCAGCUCUGGUCACAGACGAGUCAGAAAAGCUGUGGGCGCUGGAGCUGCUCACAAACAAGAUCAUCCCCGGCAGAUGGGAUCAGGUCCGCCAACCUCCAAACAAAUUCGAGCUUAUGCAGACGCAGAUCCUGCGCGUUCGAGUGACCAGUGGCAGUGCAAAAGUCCGCGCAGGGCCGCCAGCGGACGACAAGGAGGAUGUCCAGGAUCCAGGGGUCAUGAAGAAUGUGUGGUCAGGGUAUGUUCCGCUAGUAGAGCGUAUGGGGCAGCCCAUUCCCAGCGCGUAUAAUCAGCUUCAGGACGUGCCGGACCAUGUCAGAGAUCUUCGAGAAGGUUUCAAUGAGGAGGCAGAUGCCUAUAAUGACAAGCUUGUCAAGCAGGCUCACCGCAAGGACUCCUAUGUCGGCCUCUUCUGGCUGAAUGCAGCCGAGACUUGGAUUGACAUCACAAAGACUAAAACCAAGACAGACACGAACACUAACACGCAAUGGAUCUCAGAGGCUGGCACCCUAGACGAUUUAGGCCACGGUAUGGAUAGGCUCAAGAUUCCUUGUGGUGCUAUUUGGUUGGAUAUCGAGUACCCGAUUGACAAGGAGUGGUUCACUAUGCGCAAACUGCUCGAUGCGUUUGGCCGUAAGCUUAUCAUCAUUAUCGAUCCCAACUUCAACAACACGAAUGGCUCCAACAUUGUGCUCAAGUCUAAUGACAUUACGAUCCGUACUAAGGACGAUGAUAUUUUCGAAGGCCACUGCUGGCCAGGCGCAUCACACUGGAUUGACUGCUUCAACCCCGCCUCUAUCGACUGA